UCAAUGUACUUCACAGCAGUUGUUCAAUCGAAACGCAGAGUGUGAAAUGAAGUUUAUAUUGGCUCUAACAACUCUUGCCCUUGUGGUGGCUGCUGAGCAGGUAUCUUAUAAGAACUACAAGGUGUACGAUAUACAGGUAACCUCAGAUGAGCAGAGAACGUUGCUCAAAAACUGGCAGCUUGUCGAUGGUGUUGAUUUCUGGAAUCACCUUGGAAAUCAGAUAAUGGUUCGUCCAGAGACGCAGGAAGAAUUGGAGAAAUUCUUGACAGAACAUGGAUUCGACUACAAAGUGCUGAUUCAGGAUGUUCAAAUGACUAUCGACGCUGAGCAGAGAUACGAUCUUCAAUAUCGACGAGCAAAACUAUUUUCAAGGCGUAGCUCUGUCGAUUUUAUUCAUUUUUGGCGCACCCAGGAAAUUUACGACUAUUUGGAUGAGCUUGCUGCAAAAUAUCCGAAUCUUGUGAGGGUUUCUGACAUUGGUCAUACCCAUCAGAACCGCACGAUUAAAGCUAUAAAAAUUUCGACAUCUCACGGCAGUGAUUCGAAACCUGUGAUUUUUAUUGAUGGCGGUGUGCAUGCCCGUGAGUGGGGCGGUAUUAUGUCCGUCGUUUAUCUCAUCCACGAGUUAGUGGAACACAGUGAGCAGUACUCUAACAUGUUGGAAAAGGAUUGGGUAAUUGUUCCUGUGGCUAAUCCCGAUGGGUAUGAACACUCCCAUUCAACGAAUCGUUUGUGGCGUAAGAACCGCAAUCCCGUCAACAUCCUCUGCAUUGGAACAGACCUGAAUCGUAAUUUUGACUACCAGUGGGCCCCUGGAAGAAUAGCCUGUUCGGAAACAUUUCCUGGAAGCGCACCUAAUUCCGAGCUCGAAACACAAGCGUUGACCAAGUUGAUGUCUCGUUACGAGAACAACCUCAAGCUCUACUUAGCAGUGCACACGUAUGGAGAACUUAUACUGUAUCCCUUCGGGUACGAGUGGCCUUUCAUCCCAGUUUCAAACCAGGCCGAACACGUUGCCAUUGGAGAACGAGCUCGAGCUGCUGUUUUAGCCAUUGGGGGUCCAGAUUACCUCGUUGGAAACAGUGCGGAAGUGUUGUACACGGCCAAUGGUGCUAGCGAUGAUUACGCAGUUGGAGUUGGAGGGGCCGCUUACGCGUUUACACUCGAACUUAGCGGAGGUGGAGUAUUCGGUUUCGAUUUGCCUGCGACACAAAUUGAACAGGUGGCACGGGAAACUUUUGAAAUCUUCAAAUCGAUGGCCGGUGAUAUCUAGACCAUGCUGAAUAAAAUACCCUAUGGUGAU